AAAAAGCACAUUGACAAGAUGUCUGCUUCCAGUGCACAGUCGAAACCAGCGGCUAAAAUCCCGAAAGGGAUUAAGUUCUUAUUCGGGGGCGUGGCAGGGAUGGGGGCCACCGUUUUCGUCCAGCCCCUGGACCUGGUCAAGAAUCGCAUGCAGCUCAGUGGUGAGGGUGGCAAGGCGAGAGAACACAAGACAAGUUUUCACGCUCUGCGUCACAUCCUGAAGACAGAAGGGAUCAGUGGGAUCUACACGGGGCUGUCGGCCGGUCUCCUACGUCAAGCAACCUACACCACAACGAGGCUCGGCAUCUACACGACACUGUUUGAGAUGGUUUCAAAAGACGGCAAGCCUCCCAACUUUCUAGCAAAGGCUGGUAUAGGAAUCACGGCCGGUGCUAUUGGAGCUUUUGUUGGAACGCCAGCCGAAGUGGCUCUCAUCAGGAUGACGGCAGAUGGCAGGCUACCAGCUGACCAGCAGAGGGGUUAUAAGAAUGUGUUCAAUGCGCUGUCCAGGAUCAUCACAGAAGAGGGCGUGGUCACUCUAUGGCGGGGUUGUUUACCUACAGUCGGACGUGCUAUGGUUGUCAAUGCCGCUCAGUUGGCGUCCUACUCACAGGCUAAACAAGGGCUCAUGUCCACAGGGUACUUUGGGGACAACUUAUUUCUACAUUUCUGUGCGAGUAUGAUCAGUGGCCUGGUAACAACAGCUGCGUCCAUGCCAGUAGACAUUGCAAAAACCAGAAUCCAGAACAUGAAGAUGAUAGAUGGCAAGCCUGAGUACAGGGGUGGAUUGGAUGUGCUAUCCAGAGUAAUCCGGAAUGAGGGUUUCUUCAGUUUAUGGAAGGGCUUCACGCCGUACUACGCACGACUCGGCCCCCACACCGUCCUCACGUUUAUAUUCUUAGAACAGAUGAACAAGUCUUACAGCAAAUAUGUUCUAGGAGACAUGCGGGCUUCAGGAGGAUUAUAGAAGUGUGUGUGUGUUUAGCCCCUUAUAUAUCACCAACAACCUAUGUUGUUACCAUGGUUACGUACAUGUGAUAGGGUAGCAGGAUGAGAGCUCAGUUUAUGUUUGUUAACAAUUUCUGAAGAACACAGUAUGUGUUCCAUGAAAUAUUUUUGUUGAAAUAUUUUAGAGAUGGAUUAACACAGUACUGACAUUUUGGGAUAUAUUAUAUCCUCCUUGAAUUUCAAUUGUUUGUUAUGUCUUGUGGUAUAAAUAUUCAGGAUCAGUUUGAAUUAUAAUGACUGUUAAAAAAAAAAGCACUCUUGAAUCGGGUAACCAAAGUACAUGUAGAUAACAGUCAGUAGGUGUGUCAUGUUU